CAUAACACACACACAAAAAAAAAAAAAUCAAAUAUUAAUUUAAUUGCUAUCCAGUUUUUAAUUAUGGAUUUACAUAAACUGAGAGAUAGAGAGUUUUAAGGAACAAUUCCAGAUUUAGUUGAUAAAAAAACCCAAAAUUAGCUAGCGAUUAAGAGAAUCAUCCGCAUUCCUAUUGAGAAUCACACAAAUACGGAUAUCUCUCUACAUUCGAUUCUCUUUUUUUUUCUCAUUUUUGAGGAUUUUGGAAACAAAGUAUAACACAAUGUUCAACAAAGGAUCCAACGGUGGUGGUUCAUCAUCUUCCAAUGGCGGCAUCGGAGCGGAUUCACCUUACCUCCAAAAAGCACGUUCGGGCAAAACAGAGAUCAGGGAACUCGAAGCUGUCUUCAAAAAGUUCGACGUGAACGGAGACGGGAAGAUCUCGUCAAAGGAGCUAGGUGCAAUAAUGAAGAGCCUAGGUCACGAGGUACCAGAAGAAGAGUUAGAGAAAGCCAUAAACGAGAUUGAUCGUAAAGGUGACGGUUACAUAAACUUCGAAGAGUUCGUUGAGCUGAACACCAAAGGUAUGGAUCAGAAUGACGUGUUGGAGAAUCUGAAAGAUGCCUUCUCGGUUUACGAUAUCGAUGGAAACGGUUCGAUCUCGGCUGAGGAGUUGCAUGAGGUUUUGAGGAGUCUUGGUGAUGAAUGUUCUAUCGCUGAGUGUAGGAAGAUGAUUGGUGGUGUUGAUAAGGAUGGUGAUGGUACGAUUGAUUUCGAAGAGUUUAAGAUUAUGAUGACUUUGGGAUCUAGACGUGAUAACGUCAUGGGUGGUGGUGCUCAGAGGUAGAGUUUUUAAUUUGUUCCUCUCUGACGCACCGAAACUGGUUUCUUAAUUUGUUCCAAUCUUCUUCGUUUUGUACUCAUUGUUUAAUCUCCACACACAUUGUUUCAAUAAUUUUUUUUGUUUGUUUUGUUCUUUGGGAUUUGUGUUUUUCCCUUUUAAGCUAACGUACGUGAUUUCUUUAUUUAUAACUUUUUUUUUUGUUUUGUUUUGUUUUGUUUUGUAUUCAGUUCUGAUUUUGGAAUUGGAUAUUUUGAAUGCAUAUACUGUGAAAUUUAUGUAUGUGAAUAAAUAAUAACCAUAAGGCCUAUGUUAGAGGCUAAUUUGAUUC